UGAAAACUAAAACUGGAAACUGAUUAUGACAUGUUACCAAGUAUAUUUUCCAUGUGAAUGACUUUCUGUUAACAAUAAAGCAAAAGUCUGGUCACAUGAAGUUCUUGUACAAGACCUACAGCAACAUCAUCUUCACAAACCUAAUUUUGACCCAGCAUUUUAUCUCUUGACUGUCUGUCCUGAUCUUUAUCGGAUGAUAAGUCUUAAGUUGUCACCAAUACAACAUUUUGGACAGACGGUUGGUGGGGAGCCAUGCUUAGCUAUGAUUCUGAAAGAUCGGACCCUCAGCACAUGACACAUGAUUGUGGGAAAGAUACCAUCAGAUACAUCCUGCUACAGGUGCUCGCUCCAUAUAAACUCACAUUGACAGUAAUCUUGCAAGUCUGCUGGUCCCUAGUGUCUGAAAAAUCAUUUUUAGACUCAUAUUCGUGUGGUGAUUUACAACCAACCAGUUUGAUUUGACAGAUGACAUGGGGUUUAUUUGAUAUGAAUCUGGUUCAUCCUAAGGAGGGCUCAGUCUUUUUCUAGAUUUAUGGAUUUAAAAUAGCAAAGAAUGGAGAAGAUGUAUGGCGCAGGGCCACCUGCCAAGCUUUUCCCAUCUAGGCUGGUUUUGUUGGUGGAAGGCAAGCUUUGCUAUGUUUGGUCAGCUGAUAGUCGGCAGCCCUAGUCAGCAUUUUAUGUGCCACUCUCAUUGGCUGUGCAGAAAAUGUGUGUGAACGUGUUUGUGAGGGAUUGAGACAUUCUUGAAAAACAGAUGUGCUGAAUAAUGCUGUAAUGGUAAUCUCUCAAAUACCAUGAUAAUCUUUCUCAUUUUUCUUGCUCAGAGACGGAUCUUUUCUAGUCUUCUACUUUUAUUCAAACUUUUAAGUGCAGUUUUGAUGGCAAAGCUAUUUCUGAUUUGUUAAAGGAUCAUAGCCAUUUAUGUUUUCUAAAUAUUGUAGUAAACAUUCAUUAUUGCUUUAUUGCAGUAGUCAAUCAGAAACAUUAACCGUCAUAAUCAUAAAUCGGACCCAACAUCAGCUGUGUUCAGUAUGGAAUACUAGUGUACACUGCAUACUUCCUACUAUUUUGUAAACUAUUUUUUAGUUUAAACACCACCCCACAGCCGAUUUCACUGGUCAACUCAAUCAUGCAGCAGGCAAUCAGCACUGUUGCUGACCAAUGAAAUCUUUAGAAUCGUCUGUGGGGCGGGGAUGGUAGCUUUGGUAGUCUAAUUUUUGCUAUUUUGAUCAAAGAGUCGGCUCAUUAAAAGGUCAGUCUGUGUGUAUUGAGUUGAGGGAUAGAAAAUUAUAUUGCUGCAAAAUAAAUCAAAAUUUAUAUGACAUCACUGUACGACAGCAGAAAUAUUAAUAGUGUUCUCAACAUCACUUUUGCAUCAGUGUAUUGGCGGUGAUGGCGCUACCUAUUAGUAAUGAGGAUCCCAUUCGGGACUGUGUAUGACCACAUAAAUAUAGACCAACAUUUCAACCAAAAGUGAAUACAAAAGACAUGAGAAAGGAUGAGUAAUAUAUGAGCAGUUCCACAUGGUAAUUUUGGCCCAUUUAAUUAAAUACCCACCUCUUACUGUGUCUGACAUGCCUCAGCUUGCUAAUGGUGGCCCACACCCCAGCGAAGCAGACACUGGAGGAGAAGAGUUCACUAACAAAUGCAACUUGUUGUUCAUUUCUGAAUUAAGAACAAAUGUGUUUCAGAAAGCUUUUGGUAAUACAAAGUGUGAUGGAGUAAACGUGGGCUAUUGGGAGAAAUUAUUGAAACAAAUAGAGAGACUCUCAGACUCUGGCCAUAGUGAAUCAGAGUGGGAGGGGUGGAGCUUCAGUACAACAGGAAGUGACACAAUGUCAUGGUGUUAAAAGUUGUGGUGAUUUAAACUAAACUAUUAAACACUGGGAUUUCCUACAAAUGUCGCUUCUCUCAGUAUUUAUGAGUGAUCAGUACUCAGUUUUUCAGACUGCACGGUUGAAAGGGAUAUGUGCAAGUGUUACUGUGAUUUACUCCCCUAACUUUCUGACAUACUCACUGGAUUUGCAUGAUACACACACACAAUGCUGCAUGGUAUCAUUAAGCAGCAUUCAAAGCAUUCUAGUAGUGAUGCACCGAAAUAACUAUUUUUAGAAAUUAUUGAUUAUUGGCUAACUGAACUAGGGAUCCUGUUCUCAGGUUAUAAAUUCUAAAGUUCUUUGGAAACAUGCGCCUCUUGAUGUUUCAGCCAAACAAAUUUGACGUUGCUAAUCUAGCAGCAUUUUUGGUCACGGUGAAGUGCGUCCACACUGCUGACAUGUUAACCUGUCGUAGCUUAUCCACACUGGAUGCAAGAAAUAGAUGCUGACACUGUCAAAAACCUUAUCAUCGGAGAACCCUUGUUUUGGCAGAAUUUUCACCACAAUCAAAAAAAAAUAAUUUGUUUAUUCUCACCUGUUUGGCAUUACUGGAGCCAAGAAGAGGCUGGUUUCAGGUUUACCAGACUCAAAUUGGACAUGUUUCUUAAUGGUCAUAAACACAACACUUAGCUAAAGCACAGAUGCCACAAAGAAAAAAAAAAAAUUUUCUUAGGGGGCAGUACAUGAAAUGUUUGUUGUGUUCAAAAGGUCAACAGCAAAUAUUGUGUUUUGACCUUUUGCUUCUCUUUGCAUUUAGGGGCAGGCCUGUUUUUGAAAAUGAAUUAUUUUCCAUUUGUACUUGCUAGAAUAUAUAUUCUCCACAAAAAAAAGCUUUCUUUAAUAUGAGUAACAGUUCUUUAGUAUGGGUAAGGCCAAUACGCAAUUUCACCAUACUACUAACUGACAGUAUGUUUAAUGUUAUCUCAGUGUAAUUAACAUGAGUUUAAUAACCAAAGUAGUAGGCCUGUUUAAAUUGAAAGGACUGUAGGAUGUUAAUCUUUUAAAUGGCUUUGCUGCAUACAGUUCCCACAGGAAGUGUGGCUGGGGAGAGAGAGUGAGCGAGAGAGACAGCGACGGGGUUAAAGACCCGUGUUGAAAAAGUAGGAAGUGGCUGUGGGAGCCAGUCUGCUUUUGGAGGCUGGAGUUAUUGGGGCCAGAACAGCACACAGAGUCCUCGUGCUGCACACACGUGACAGGCUCUUUGACUCUUCCAGCUCCGUCACCUUGGAAACUGCAAGUAAUGUUGCUGCUGCUUUCCCAUCCUCCUGUGCCAGACGAGUAGUUAGGAAAGAAACUGACCUUCACAGAUCCAACCUUUGGACAUGCCGACUAUACAGCUUGUCAACCUGCUGACACACUACAGUCUUCGGGAUGAGGUUUCCAAAAAAAGUGAUCAGGACAGGAAGUAUUCUCAGCAAGGACCAUCCCCCAGACAAAAAGCCCAAAAGCGACAAGGCGUCAAUCCCCUCCUCACAUGAGUUUGACCCCACAGGGCUUGUGCAGCGUUGUGUUAUCAUCCAGAGAGAUGAGAAUGGCUUUGGGCUGACAGUGAGCGGCGAUAACCCUGUGUUUGUACAGCUUGUAAAAGAGGAUGGAGCUGCCAUGCGAGCUGGUGUUCAGACAGGUGACCGGAUCAUAAAGGUCAAUGGGACAUUAGUUACACAUUCAAAUCAUGUAGAAGUUGUCAAGCUAAUAAAAUCGGGCUCCUACGUGGCCCUAACAGUGCUGGGGAGACCGCCGGGUUUGCCUCAGAUCCCCCUCUCAGACGGCGAGGGGGAGGAGGGGCCUCUCUUCUCGCUCACCUUCCCUCACUCCCCGGGGCCUAUCGGUCCAGACCGCUCAUCUUCCUCCCCCAGCCCCCCGGAGCGCAAACCGACCCCUCUUCCUGUAUGGGCCAUGACGGAGGAGCACAGCAGGAACCCUACAACUAAACUACUGAAGGAAAUCCAGGACGCCAAGAAGCACAUUCCACAGCACCAGGAGCAGCUCAGCAAGCCCACUGGGACUGGACAGGAUGGCUCCUUAUCGCCAAGGCCACGAGAAGGAGAGCAGGAGGAUGGAGGGGGAGAUUUGGAUCGGCCCUCUUCCUGGCAGGGUGAUGCUGGAAUGGAGCCACCGUGGACCAACAAUACCACAACUCCUGUUACUCCCAGUCCUGUCCCAGAGAGCCCAUGCCAAAGAGAGACCCCGUCCCACAGCCCAAAGACCACACCCCGAGACAGCCUCAACUCCUGUCCUUCACCGGACGCUGAAGACACACCUGACCUUGAUUCUCAGUCGAGUGUGGGGAGCCCCUCCUCUCGUCCGGUAGCACACAUCAUUGGUGCUGAGGAUGAAGACUUUGACACAGAGCAGGAACAGAUGAAUGGCCAGUGUAGCUGUUUUCAGAGCAUAGACCUUCUGAAGUCUCGGCCUGCUCACCUGGCAGCUUUCAUUCAUCACGUGGUCUCUCAGUUUGACCCUGCGCCGCUGCUGUGCUACCUCUAUGCUGAACUUUACAAACAGACCAGCUCCAAAGAGACACGACGAAUACUCAUGGAUACUUUCUUCAUAGACAAAACAGCUAGCUUGAAAGUGACAGUGCCCGAAUCCAUCAUCGCUGACCUGGAACGUACUGCACACUCAAUUAAUGCAGAACGGAAGAGGCCGGAGCCCAACUCAGAGGACGUCCACCGACAGUAUGUGCAGCAGCUGCAGGACACACUUCUGCCUGACAUCCAGAAGAACCUAGAAGACUUCAAGCACAAGCGCAGUAUGGGUUUGACCCUGGCUGAAGCGGAGCUAGCCCGUCUGGAUACAGAGAGAAUGAGAGACCGUGUGGCUCUUGAAAAAGAGCGAUCCUGUGCAGAGCACAUCAUCUCUAAGAUAGAAGAUGUACUAUUGACGUCACAGGCCACAGAGGAAGACAAGUGUAGCACCAUGCAGUUUGUGAUACUGUCGUAUAUGAAGCAGCUCGGUGUAAAAGUGAAGCACAAGCCCAAGCUAAUGAAUCUUUUCCCUAAGAAAAAAAUGAAAGGUAUAAAGCCAGAGAAAGAUGGAAGUGAGGAGAAAUCGAAGAAAACAAGAUUUCCGAGUGUUUUUCCUCAGAGACGGCCGAGCAGGAUUGACCCUUCAUCACUCAGCAAGGCUCUGGAGCCGAGGCAGCGUCCGACCAAGCCUCAGCUGCCAUUGGGCGCUGGAGAGCAGGCAGACGGGUCGUCUCCUCCCGUACGGGGCAGUCAGUCCAGUGAGGGCUCAGAUGGCACCACUGCCCUGGUCACAUUGCCCCCUUACAGUGCUCCACCAGCACAGGGCACAGACUGCAUCAGCCGAGAGUCGGAGACUGGUGGACCUCCCUUUUCUGCAGUUCCCAGGCUGGGUGACGGUGUUGUCCCGGGAGAUUCGCAGGACUCGUCCUCUUCAAACACUCACUUUGACUUCAGCCCCUGUACACUGGAGCAUCUACAGGAGGAGGAAGCUGAGACAGAAAAGGCGCAGGACACCGGCACCCCCAGGUCUGACAAGAGCAGGAUGGAGCCGCUGGGCUCUGGAGAGGUGCAGAGUGAAGAUGAUCAGUGUGUUGAGGUGGAGCUAGAGCCUCCUAACUGGCAGACGCUGGUGAGCAGAGACGUCCUGUCCACACUUACCCCUCAGGAAAUCAAGAGACAGGAAGUCAUCAACGAGUUGUUCUACACAGAGAGAGCACACGUUCGAAUGAUGAAGGUUCUGGAAAAUGUGUUUUACCAGCCGCUGAUCAGAGAGGCCAUCCUGCCUCCUGCAGACAUCAAAAACAUCUUCAGCAACCUUGAGGAGAUCGUUCAGCUGCAUGUGUCUUUAACGGAACAAAUGACUGCAGUUCGGAAGAAAAAUGAGACUGCGCUCAUUGACUCAAUUGGAGACGAUCUGCUUUCCUGGUUCAGUGGGGAAGAGGAGGCAAAGAUCAAGAGAGCUGCAGGCACGUACUGCAGUAAUCAGCCUUUCGCCCUGGAACUCAUCAAGAGCAAACAGAAGAAAGACCAGCGCUUCAGCUCCUUCAUACAGGAGGCGGAGAGUAACCGUCAUUGUCGGAGGCUGCAGCUGAAGGAUAUUAUUCCUGUUGAGACUCAAAGACUCACAAAGUAUCCCCUCCUGCUGGAGAACCUCGCCAAAUACACGGAGGAUCCUGAAGAGAGAGGUAAAGUGAAACAGGCUGGCGAAUGCUGUCGAAAUAUUCUCACUCACGUCAACCAGGAAGUGAAGGAAGCCGAGAACAAACAGAGGUUGGAGGACUACCAGAGACGACUGGACCUGUCCUCACUGAAACAGAGCGAGAACCCCAUGAUCGCCGAGUUUAAGAACCUGGACUUGACUAAGAGGAAGAUGGUGCAUGAGGGACCGCUGUCCUGGAAGGUCAACAAAGAUAAAACUAUUGAGCUGUACACAUUGCUGCUGGAGGAUAUAUUGGUGCUACUUCAAAGGCAAGAUGAGAAGCUAAUCUUAAAAUGCCACAGUAAGAAUCUGGCGGGCACUGCUGAGACCAAACACAUCUUCAGCCCUAUCAUCAAACUCAGCACUGUGAUGGUGCGCUCCGUCGCCACCGACAACAAGUCAUUCUUUGUGCUCUCUAUGUCUGAUAAUGGAGCCCAGAUCUAUGAACUAAUGGCCCAGACCGUAUCUGAGCAAAAGACGUGGCAGUGUCUGAUAACACACAGAGCAGACUGCAUGAAGACCAAACUACACAACAUCUUUCCAUUACCUCAGACAGAUGGGGAACGUGAAGCGGUCGAGUUGAUGAACUCUGGUGUUCAGAAACUAAACAAAGACUCGGAGCCCAUUUCUUUAGUGAGCAUUCAGUCUCCAGAAAAAGAUUGCACUGAGGUCAUGCCAACCCCGCCAUGUAGCACCAACCCAUUUGAGACCAAAUCUGAUGAGGAGGAUGAAGAAGAAGAAAAUACACUACAGGAUCAAGCUGAGGAUGAUGACACGUUCGUGGCGGCCGAUAUGACCGAUCGACUGACAUUCCUGAAGCAGCGCUCGAGGCUGGGCAUCGCCAUAGACGAGGACGAGGCUGAGGCCUUUGAGCUCCAGCCACUCAGAGCCGAUGAAGCUCUCAGAACACUGGCAACACUGAGGCAGCUCCUGAUCAACCACAUGUCCAGUCAGGAGGACACAGACAGAGAUGGCGAAAGACGAGAGCAACAGGAAGAUGUGGCGAGGACGGGCUCUCAUCAGGGGUCAGAGGACAGCACUGCGAUCAGCUCCACUGUUGAGAACGGCUCAGACAGGGGCGAGAACAGAGGGGAGAACGCACAGGAACUGCCCUCCGGAGACACAGGCUUCUUUGAGACAUCUGAGGAUUGUGUCUCAGCAGGCAGUUACAUGGUGCUGGAGGUGUGUGGCGGCUCAGGGGAGAGCAGCACAGAUGAUGACGUGCAGGGCAGCAGCGGGGAGCCAGUGGCCGGGGGAGACUCAGGCAUUGACUUGAAGAAGCUCCUGUCGUCCUCCUCUCAGAGCAGCGGAGGACCAAACCUCAACAGACGGAUCAUGACACACAUACGUCUACUACAGGCCAACCUGCAGCAUCUGAAGGAUACAGAAAUCAAGUAUAAUCAGCUACGCCAAAGGCUAUCAGAGGAAACAGCUACUGACACAGAGGAAAACAAAGAUAAAAGUUAGUGAAGCAGAUCUCUCUUUCUGUUUAUUGAGACGGGAGGAGACACAGAGACACUGGGCUGCUUCAGCCCUGCUCCUCCACAAACAAUGCUCAUGCAUGGACAGAGACAGAUCUGGAGUUUCUGUUCACGCUCACUGUACAGGACGACCCCAGUCACUCACUCCAAAUCUCUGUCCAUCUGCACACCAGCAUGGACAUGGUACACUGAGUAAGACUGCUAUGUAAGGACGUUUCAUCACCUCUCACUCCACCAUCUGCAUUCACAAAACAGCAAACCUCCGUCACUAUCAAAACCAGGAGGGAUGGAAAAGAAAACCACGAGGUUUGAAGUAAACUUAAGAGUGGAUCUACAAAACUUCCCCAUGUUGCAUGACAUUUCUUCAUGAAGUUUGAUGAUGUUAGAGUUAAUAUUAACCAAUGGCUACAGCAUGAGUGGUCACAUGACCUUUACUAAGGUAGCUCCACAGAUCUUUGACCUUAUUAGCAUAAUAAUGACGAACAGAUAUUUACAUAAACCGAAUGCCUGACUUCCGUUUCGAUACGGCGUGCGGUAUAUGUGAUUCUACGAUGUAGAAACCACGUCUGACAACAUUGGUGAGUUGGGUGAAAAACUUCUGAUUGAAGUCCUGUACCGCUAGAGCAUGUGCGGAGAAUAUUAGCUAACACGUGAGCCUAAAAUGAGACGUCUCAGAAUGGAACUGGCAAUGUUUGCUGACUGAUGAUGAAGGCUAAAACUAGUAAGGUAAUGGGUCUGAGGAUGGGCUGAUGAUUGUGGUGGUGUCUCUCCUCAUUCCUCCUCUCUUAAUAAACCACAUUAUUCGCUAUUUAAUGAAGCUACUGAAAGCGUUUUCUCUGGCUUGCGGCCACGGGAAAACCGGACCUUUCGUAAUGUCAUCGGGUCGAGCUGAUGCGACACAUUUAAGGCAGCUCGGCCCGAUCCGUCUUUCGGAUUUUCUUGGUUUUGAGAAUGAAGUUAAAUAGAAAGAAGCUUCAAUGCAGGAACUUGAUGAAGACCCUUAAUGGUCCGUUUUAAAUGUAAUGUAUUGUACAAUUAUGACCAACACUGCAUCUCUUACAGAGACACUUUUCUUCUUUUGCGUUCUAAAGCGUUCAGUCAUGUAUUAUUUUAACAGAAACUACUAAAAUAAAGAAGAAAAAUAAAAGACUGCAAGGUAUCCUUUAAUAUUAAUGUAAUCUGUAUUUUUAUUAUUCUGUCUAGACAUUUGAGGUAUUUUAUUAUAUUAUUGAACAUUAAUAUGGUCUUGGCUUUCCAUUGAGAACAUGAAAUAGUUCUAAUAGACAAGAUUCUAUUAAAUUUGAAUGAACUGAUGUAUUGUUCAAAAUGGAACGAAGAUAUUGCACAUUAUGUCUUCAUUUUAUCACAUUUACCUUUUGAGGAGAGUGGGAAGAAUAUUUGGUUUUGGAUUUAUGACCAAAAAGGAAAUUACACAACAUCUGUAGCAAAAUGUAUUAAAUAAACUGGAAAUGCAAAUGGUAA